AUGGUAAAUAGUAAGAAAUGCAUAGUCAAAGGUCGUAAAACUUACAUUUUGCAUCUAAACCCAAAUGAAAAAAAUAUUUUUUUUUCCCAAGCUGCCGACGAUCCAGUGAGAAGAGUCACCCUUAAGGACACCGACGAUAAUAUUCCUAAUGCAAAUCAAACCUGGACAUUCAAAGAAGCUGGAGGGACUGCCCCGGACCCCAACAUCCACAUCUACACAGAGCCCUACGCUGGGAUGACCACGAAGCCCACAAAUUUCGUCGAAAGAGCUAGUGGAUCGAUUUGGAAAUUGUGGGCCGUUAUUGUCUGCUGUUUUGGGGCCCUGAAAAUAUUUUAG